AUGGGACAGUGUGGUAUCACGUCAUCCAAAACCGUCUUGGUUUUCCUAAAUCUCAUAUUUUGGGCUGCGGCUGGAAUUUUAUGCUACAUUGGAGCGUAUGUCUUCAUCACAUACGAUGACUAUGACCACUUCUUUGAGGACGUUUACACUCUGAUUCCUGCUAUUGUAAUCAUCGCUGUCGGGACUCUCCUUUUCAUCAUUGGAUUGAUUGGCUGCUGCGCAACAAUACGUGAAAGCUCCUGUGGCUUGGCAACAUUUGCGGCUAUUCUCCUGUUGGUCUUUGUGACAGAAUGCGUGGUGGUGGUGCUCGGCUACAUAUACAGGGCAAAGGUAGAGGAUGAGGUGAAUCACUCCAUCCAGAAGGUUUACAAUGAAUACAGCGGCCCCAACACUGAUGCUCCCAGCCGGGCUAUUGAUUACGUGCAAAAGCAGCUUCACUGCUGUGGUAUCCACAAUUACUCUGACUGGAGGAACACCAGCUGGUUUAAAGAAUCCAAGAACAACAGUGUCCCGGUCAGCUGCUGUCAGCCCAACAUCAGCAACUGCACAGGCACUCUGACCCGACCAGCAGAUCUCUAUCAAGAGGGUUGUGAGGCUCUGGUUGUGAAGAAAUUGAAGGAGAUCAUGAUGUAUGUCAUAUGGGCCGCAUUAACUUUUGCAUCAAUACAGAUGCUAGGCAUGCUCUGUGCCUGCGUGGUGCUGUGCAGGAGGAGCCACGAUCCAGCGUACGAGCUGCUGGUGACAACCAACAGCUAUGCGUGA